CGCCCGGCGCCGCCUCCUCCUUUCCGUCCCUCCCUUCUUCGGCGCCGGCCGCCCUCCGCGCUGCCUCAUGUUCGGGCUGGAGAAGCCGGCGGGGCAGCAGAAAGUGGGCAGGAGCGGUGGGUUUCCGAACAUGGCGUCCGUGGGGGAUUUUAACGUGCUCAGCUCUAGCAUCCCGGCCACCAAGGUGGAGCUCUCCGUGUCCUGCAGAAAUCUUUUGGACAGAGAUACAUUUUCUAAAUCUGAUCCAAUCUGUGUUUUGUACACACAAGCCAUUGGAAACAAAGAAUGGAGAGAGUUUGGAAGAACAGAAGUAAUUGACAAUACUUUAAAUCCAGAUUUUGUAAGAAAAUUUAUAAUGGACUACUUUUUUGAAGAAAGAGAGAAUCUGCGAUUUGAUUUCUAUGAUGUUGACUCCAAGAGCCCUAAUCUGUCAAAACAUGAUUUUUUGGGACAAAUGUUCUGUACGCUUGGAGAAAUAGUUGGAUCACAGGGGAGCAGACUGGAAAAACCAAUUGCAGGCAUUCCUGGGAAAAAAUGUGGAACUGUCAUCGUAACAGCAGAGGAACUGGGCUGUUGUCGAGAUUCAGUUUUAAUGCAAUUUUGUGCGAACAAACUAGACAAGAAGGACUUCUUUGGGAAAUCUGAUCCUUUCCUGGUAUUUCAUCGAAGCAAUGAAGAUGGCAGUUUUACAAUCUGCCACAAAACAGAAGUCAUAAAAAAUACAUUAAAUCCAGUAUGGCAGGCAUUCAAGAUUUCUGUCAGAGCACUGUGUAAUGGAGACUAUGACCGGACAAUUAAAGUAGAGGUGUAUGACUGGGAUAGAGAUGGAAGUCAUGAUUUCAUUGGAGAAUUCACAACAAGUUACAGAGAGUUGUCGAGAGGGCAGUCUCAGUUCAACGUGUAUGAGGUAAUAAAUCCAAAGAAAAAAGGAAAAAAGAAAAAGUAUAUUAACUCUGGAACAGUUACACUGCUUUCCUUCCUAAUUGAAACAGAAGUUUCAUUCCUUGACUAUAUUAAAGGCGGAACACAAAUCAACUUCACAGUAGCUAUUGACUUCACAGCCUCAAAUGGUAACCCUUCACAACCUACUUCACUGCACUAUAUGAAUCCCUAUCAGCUGAAUGCAUAUGGCAUGGCACUGAAAGCAGUAGGUGAAAUUAUUCAGGACUAUGAUAGUGAUAAAAUGUUCCCAGCUCUAGGUUUUGGAGCUAGACUGCCUCCAGAUGGAAGAGUAUCGCAUGAAUUUGCACUGAAUGGAAACCCUCAAAAUCCAUACUGCCAUGGCAUUGAUGGUGUAAUGGAGGCAUAUUAUAGAAGUCUAAAAUCAGUCCAGCUUUACGGACCAACAAACUUUGCCCCUGUAAUUAAUCAUGUAGCCAGAUACGCUGCUUCAGUUAAAGAUGGCUCCCAGUAUUUUGUUCUUCUCAUUAUUACAGAUGGAGUUAUUUCAGAUAUGGCUCAGACAAAAGAAUCCAUAGUGAAUGCUUCAAAGCUUCCAAUGUCAAUAAUUAUAGUGGGAGUAGGGCCAGCAGAGUUUGAUGCUAUGGAAGAACUGGAUGGCGAUGUAGUCAGGAUUUCUUCAAGAGGAAAGUUUGCAGAAAGAGACAUUGUGCAGUUUGUGCCAUUCCGGGAUUACAUUGACAGAAGUGGAAACCAUGUGUUAAGCAUGGCAAGACUUGCUAAGGAUGUUCUGGCUGAGAUUCCAGACCAGUUUCUGUCCUACAUGAGAGUCAGGGGAAUAAAGCCAUCACCUGCACCACCACCCUAUACACCUCCUAUUCAUGUGUUACAGACUCAAAUAUGAGCACUCCAAAGUGCUCAGCAUUCUUCACAAUUCAAGAGUCUCUGGAUGCAGCAGUAGCUUUUUGGAGCUAGAAAAAUUCUCUUCACAUACCAAAAUUCUUCAUAUGGUUGCAUGAGCAACUGGAAAGCUUUUAAAUGCUAGGAUCAAAAUGUUGAUGUUCUGAGUCUUUUUCUUUUGACAGAAGCCCUACUUUUUUGAUCUAUUUAUUGGAGAGGAAAGCACAAGUCAGGAUUUCAACUCAGAAGAUAUGUCCUCUCUGAAUACUGUGUGUACAUAAAUGUAUAGGAAUGCUAUUCCUCUGUAUCAAUGUUUACAUGUUACUAUUUUUAAAUUUCAGUACUUUUAUAAAUAUUCUUAAGAAUAAAAGUUUGGAAUAUUGAUUCACACAUCUUCGAGCUUGCAAUAGUUUGUCACAAGAUCACAGGAGAAGCAAUAUCUCUUUGAAUGUUUGUCCAGACAAAUACAGAUGAAAGCUAAGAAAAGGACAGAUAGGUGUGUUUUCCAAUACCUGAAUUGCUUCAGUUGGUUCUCAGUAAUCUAUCCAUUUUACAGUCUGAGAAUAAGCUCCUAAAAUGUGAAUGUCAUAAUUACAUAUGACUUCUGACUAGGUCCAAAUUUCAAGGGGGAGGAAUGUGUAUUUUUUCAGAGAUUCUCCAGUUUCUAAGUUUAUCUGAGUUUACAGUUUUUUAAACUAGUUACUGAAGCAAAUUAGAAGAGUUACUUGCUAUAAGUAAUUAAAGAAAAUUACCUCAAAUCAGAACUUUGAGUGUUACAGUUGACUCACUGAGCUCAUUAAAUCUUUCCAUGCAUUCCUUAAAGCAGUGGAAAUUUUGCAUCAGAAAAGUCUUUUGGAGUGAUUACAGCAGAUGUUUUAUAAUGGAUCAUUUUAAACUUAAUUUAAAAUUACGACAUUUUGUCUAGAUUGCCCAUUCAAAGGGAUGCUGGCUCUUAAUAUUUGGGUUUAUAUUGUCAUUUAAUCACAUUUCCAUUCAGGAUGCAUGAAUGAUAAUGUUAAUUAACUGGUUUAAAAAUUGCACAACCAUGUUGCUUUGUGCACAAUUUUGUGUACCAAACUACCCAAAAAUUUUAUUAUAUGCCUGUUCAUAUAUAAUUAUGAAAUGAUUUUGCAUGUACAGUUUUUACAAAAUACACAGUUUUGUGAGUUUGUGUCAGAUAUAUUUUAUUUAGAACUAAUGGCCUUAAAUUUCACAGAACUCCUGAAAUGAUUGUGAGUUGCCUUCAAAUACUGUUAAAAAGGAACAUUUUUAAUUUUUUGUGCGUCACAGUUGUAACUGUCCUGUAACGUAACUUAUUUUCUUUGCAUAUAACCCGUUUACUACUUCUGUUUCUUACUACUGUAUGUGGUAAUGUACAGUAUGAAACUACGGUGCGUUUUUUAAGCAUGAAAACUUUUUUUCCAGAAAGUGUAUCUUCAAUAUUAAUGGCAUAUAACUCUGUAAUUGCAGAAUCUUCCAUUUUUAAAUAUAUUUAAAUUCCU